AUGGCCGCCAUUGGUGGGGGCGCAGGUAUGACGGAAGUUGAUAACUCGGAUACCAUGCAGCUGAUACGGCAGGCUGUGCUGUUUGAAAAUGAAGAGUUGCUUUAUGAUUUGUUGAAUGAAAACCCACAAGCUAUUUAUAAGGUUGAUAGACAUGGCAGAACUCCUCUUAUGCUAGCUGCACAUAAUGGCAGAGCACAUAGCUUACAAGUUUUAUUAACAUUAUCACCCGAAACUUUACAAUUGGUUAAUGGUGCUGGAAAAACUGCUCUACAUCUUGCAGCUGAGGCUGGCGAGGCCACAUGUAUAAAAGUGUUAUUGGACGCUGGAUCGGAUUUGUAUUUACGGGACGAAGCUGGACAUUGUGCUCUUGAAGCUGCGCAAAUAGCCGGUCAUGAACAAGCUGCUGCUGUUCUAAUUGAGGCUAUUCAAACUGAGAAUGAACGUGUCGAGUCUGAUCAUAAAAAACUCAUUUCUGCUUGUAUAGAAGGGAGUUUGAGUGAAAUAGAUGAGAUACUGUCCGGGAAGUCAGAAAGGGUGCGUGAGUAUGUGAUCAACGGCAAGAAUGCAAAUGAUGAAACGGCUCUCUUUGUCUCAUGCACGCAUGGUCAGUUAGAAGCUGUACAGAAACUUUUAACUUAUCCAACUUCGCAUGCUCUGGUUAAUCACCAAACUAAAGACACAGUUUUGCAUGCCGCUGUUUCUUCUCAGAAUUUAGAUGUCUUAGCGAUAAUCCUAGGGAAGUUCCCAGCACUUGUUGCUAACUUCAAUUGUGAUAAUUGCUCAUGUUUACAUUGGGCAGCAGAAAACGGAAACAUCGAAAUUCUAAAAAAGUUGAUGGAAUAUGAUUAUCCUGAAAAUUUAAUGAAAGAAAUUGACAUGGUUUCUGCACCACCUUACAAAUUCGUUAUCGACGUUAAUCAAGGAGAUAUUGAAUGUAGAACACCAUUCUACUUAGCAGUUGCUAAGGGUCAUCUAGAAGUUGUUCAGUAUAUGCUCCAGUUUCGUUGUGGCUUCCUAGAUGGAUCUUCUAGAUGUCCUUUCCAAAUAGAUGUCUACUGUAACAGAGGUCGAACUCCUCUGAUGAUUGCAGCUUUCAAUCAAACCUUUCCUUUACUAACUCAUCUUAUUGAAAGUGGGGCUGAUAUCAACUUACCAUUGGCAGUUCUGGAAUCGGAUGUGAACGUAGAGGAAGCAAGAUGUGUAGGCUCUGGAGCUCUAGUUGAAGCAACACGUGCUGAUGCUGUUCACAUUGUGCAUUAUUUACUGGAUAAGGGAGCUUUAGAUACUGAUAAUAGAGCAUUAACUUUAGCUGCAUCGAAAAACAACGAAAAGCUUAUCCGAGUUUUUCUAACCCGUUUAGUUUUUCCUGACUCCGAGUAUAAAGUGAACAAAAGAAAUGUAGAUGUCGGACAGAUUCAAUUCGGACAAAGUUUACUCCCUUCUGCAUUAUGCCCUUCGAAAUCAGCGAUGCUCAACUGGGGUUCUUCUGGUUUAGAAAAUGUCCAAUCUGAUUGGUUUAUUGCUGCAGCAUUACAGAUAAAUCCUAGGCUGAGAACUACAAGACUGUCUCUGGCCGCGAUAACAAGGGUCGAUCUUUCCUGUAACAAUCUGACUAUUUUCCCUUCCGUUCUCUUUCAAAUGCCAUCUCUAAGAUUACUAAACCUAUCAGAGAACAAAAUAAAGAACAUUGAUCUCCCUUCAUACUAUAUUAGCUCUACUUGUUUAGAAAAUCUGAACUUAAAGUCCAAUCUCAUGGAAAGCAUAUCACCUAAUUUGUUACUCGCCCUUCCAAAGUUAUCCAAUCUCGAUAUAUCUCAUAAUCACUUAACUUGCUUACCAGAGUUCAUUUGGUUAUGUCCUUCCCUUAAAGAGUUGAAUGUGUCUUGUAAUCAAUUGUCUUCAUUACCUGUAGUUGGAGCAUCUCGUGGUAGAGGUAGUAGCAGGGUCCAACAGGGAAUCAUGCAGCAUAGCGCUUCCACUACUACUGUCGAUGUUUCCGAUUUACCAGAGAAUGUUGAAAGCAGAGCACUACUGAGGAUAAAUGUGUGGCAAGAGAAAAUCAAUUUGUCCAAGGUUGAUGAUGAUGAUCUGUUUCCUGAUUUCCCAGUCACCUCUUCGAAUACUUUGACUACUCUGAACCUAUCGGGAAACAAGUUUCAAGCAUUUCCUUUGUGCUUGGCUUGCACCUGCCCACGCCUAACUACACUGAAUAUAUCCGAUAAUCAGUUGGCAGUUUUGCCUCCUGUAUCAUGCAUACCACCUCAUAUUAGGAACUUGGAUAUUUCAAACAAUCAAUUGAAGGAAAGUUUCCAACAAGCUUCCACCUUGUAUAAUGUUUGCCACGCUGUUCCACCAUCGCAAAAUAGCGGAGGAGGAUUUGUCAGACGGAAUAGCCCACAGCGUCAUCAUCGUUCUCGUUCAAAAUCCGCUGUACGUAGUCAACGCUCUCUAUCGGUCUCCAGGAAUCAACAGCCAGACGGCUGUUUAGAGGAUGCUUGUGUUCAUAAAAGACAUGAUUCUCUAGCUAGGUUGAAAGUUCUCAAUUUGAAUAAUAACAAAUUGAGUUCAUUCUCUGUUGUUCUCAAUGGGAAGCUGUUGCUUCCUUCUGUUACCGUGAUUGAGAUAAGCAAAAACAUCUUGAAGAAUAUAUCACCCGAACUUUCUAAGCUAGCAACACUCUCAGUUCUGAACUUGAGCCAGAAUAAAGAUAUCAGAGAGCUACCACCUGAACUAGGAAUGUUAUCUAGGCUGUGGUCGCUUUCUUUGAAAGGAUGUAGUUUGAAGGAGCCCCUCGAUUCUAUGGUCAACACUGAUAACUGCAAAACUGUUGAAAUCGUUGCUUACUUGAAAACGAUUUUAGAAGAAUCCAAAACUUUCCGUCAUCUGAAGCUUAUGAUUCUAGGAGAAGAAGGAGUCGGAAAAUCGACUUUGUGGGAUGCUUUUAGAGCGGAAGGUGUCCAGAAAAGACAAGUGUCACAGGGUGAAAGUGUAAGAUUUGUAGAAUGGAAGUAUGAAGCAAAAAGAAACAAAAACGAUCCAAACCUUGGACCCGUGGGGUUCGCAGCUCUGGAUUACAUUGGACAGCGCGAGUACUUUGCAACCCAUCCUUAUUUUACUACAAGGAGGAGUGUGUUUGUAGUUGUAUGGAGGGUUCCUGAUGGUGAAACAGCUUUUCCAGACAUCCAGAAAUGGCUUGUUAGCAUUCAGGCACGAGCUCCUAAUUGUUGUGUUAUUCUCGUUGGAACCCAUGUGGACCAAGUGGGAGCAAAUCCUAACAGAUUUCCCUCAGGUUUUCUGGAAGACGUUGAAAUGAAGGUCCGAAGACGUUUCAUGGUUUCAGACUCGGAUAAACGUGGACUACCAAAAAUCAUGGACCUCUUGUUCAUUAAUGCUAAAGUCAAGCAGGAGAUAAAAACCUUACUCAACGUGAUUUAUAAGUCAGCUUGGGAAGUGAGAGUUGGAAAGGAAAGAGCUUUAGACCAGCAAAUCCCAUCGUCGUACAUAGCUAUGUUCAAGGUUGUGAGAGAUUGGGCUGCAGACUGUCGUAAAGAAUCAUUAACAUCAUGCUGUUCCAUUGAGGAUUUUAAAGAGAAUGUCAAGAAGAGAAUGGUUGCAAAGUUUGGUCGGUUCUUCAGAGAUGAUAUCGAAUUUCACGCUGCUUGUUCAUUUUUACAUGAUUGUGGAGAAAUAAUUCAUUUUGAAGACGCUGCUCUGCGACAAGUUGUGUUUAUAGACCCGGUUUGGCUAGCUGAUUUCCUCGCACGUUGCGCUUCCUUACGAGCAUCUAAUCUGCCGAUUGGGCUCAUAACCCAAGAAACUCUGCACCCCGUUAGCAAACAACUAAGAUCUCAUUUACGCUCGUCUCUUCUGGAUUUACUACACAAAUUUGAGCUCGCUCUGGUUUGUCAUUCUAGACAGCUGAUAUUACCUUCACGUUUGCCUGAUGAAUACCGCUUACGGUCAGAUUAUUCUGGUUCGAGUGUCAAGUUACCUGCUAAAAUGAAUUCUUGGCAAAUACGUAAUCCAACAUCGUCUAAAUAUCUUUUCAAUGCCACGAAGCCUCCUCUCGAAAGAGGUGGAAGUUUAGAUCCUCUUGCAGCUCCUGAUGUGAUGUUCAACUUUUGUUAUGAGAAAAAGCAUCAACUGAGGCGACUGUAUGUUAUGGCUUAUGUUCCAGCUGGUUUUUGGAGCCGUUUAAUGACUAGAAUUAUGGGUGAUCAAAAUGUUUCGCGAGCAAUAGAAAGUUUAUUCUCAGCGGAGAGUGUAGAGGAAGAAAAGUUAUUAGGCGAUACAGUCAAGAAGCAUAUCAAGGUUGAAUGGUUAAUUUGGAAGACUGGUAUAGAGCUGCUCGUUAAAGGACAUUCUGUUUUUGUUUUGAAACAGUUUUGCUCACAGGCUGAAGUAAGAGAUGUCGACUAUUCAUCUCUGGUAAUACAAGUCAGAGAUGAUCAGAAGCGUUGGUGCCCUUUUCCUCUGAGUGAUUGGACUACGAUCGAAAUGUUGUUCCCUUCAUUGAUCAUAACGUCUAUCCAAAGUGGUGGAUCUAAAGCAACUAUGCGCUCUGACGUCGAAGGGCGUACUCGACUCUGUGCUCUAAUAGCUGAUUUGGUUGAUACUCUACUCGAAGAUUGGUAUCCUGCUCUGGGAACAAGAUUUGUGCAUUCGAGUGAGGGUGUUCUAUUGGUUAAUCGCUUAGUUCCUUGUUACAAAUGCGUUGACGAUCACAUUGCGGUGUCAAGAAGAACACAUGAUGACAACGACGUCGCAAUAGUGAAACGAGAAGAAAGCUUUAUAAGAGCAUCGAAAACAUCUGGAGACAUGAAACACAUUGGCAUCGUCAACUGCUUCACAAUAGAAGAGUGCAUGUUAGCUGGAAGAGAAACACGUGCUCUGGAUUGUCCAUCACACGGAGAAGUCCGUUGUCGUGAUAUUGCUCCUGAUACGGUUUUCGCAGAUAUAGAAUCUUCCCUACUCAUUAAUGAAAGUCUCCUCAAGCAAGGACGAAUGUUAGGACGCGGUGCAUUUGGUUUUGUUUUUAGAGCUACUGUGAAACUUCGGACUGGUGAACUGAAUGAAGUAGCACAGAAAAUGCUAGAACCCGUCGAUCCGGGACCUUCUGGAAAAACUUCGGCUAUUACAGCUUAUAAAGCUGCUGCGGAUAAGUGGCGCAGAGAAGCUUUGGAGUUCGCAUGUAGAGCCUACUGUACAUCUCGACAAGAAUUGAAUCUCCUCUGUAGGAUGAGACAUCCAAACGUAAUAGGAUUGAUAGGGGUUUGCGUGACACCUCUAUCUCUUGUGGUGGAGCUGGCUCCAUUAGGAGCUCUGAAUCAGUUACUUUCAAGUCAUAAAAAAAGCGGUGCAAAGCUAUCUUUACCGGUUAUUCGUGAAUCUGCCAUGCAAGUUGCACGGGCUCUUGAAUAUCUUCAUCUAGCUCAUAUUAUUUAUCGUGAUUUGAAAAGUGAAAACGUUUUGGGUUGGCGUUUCCCUACACCUUUCAGUAAUCAAACUGAUGUGUUGUUGAAACUAGGGGAUUACGGUAUAUCACGAUCAGUCCUCCCAUCGGGUGGAGCGAAAGGUUUUGGUGGAACGGAAGGAUUCAUGGCUCCCGAGAUUGUACGAUUCAACGGUGAAGAAGAAUACACCCAAAAAGUUGAUGUGUUCUCUUUUAGAGAAGAGCAUGUUAAGGAACGAUUAUUGGAUGGAGCUCGACCUGUAUUAUUGCCUCACGAACUGUUGGUUCCUUGCUCGAUGUUAGACUUAUUAGUUCAAUGUUGGGACACGCAACCAGAGGGACGUCCUUCUUCUUCUCAGGUUGUUGGAUUCUGUUCAGCUCCUGAGUUCAGUCAUAUAUUGGAUAUAUGCGAGCUAGAAGACGUUGCUCCUAUCAAUAUAUUAUCAGUUCCUCUAGUGGAUGACUUGGAUGAUCCGGAAGAUUUUGAAGCUCAACUGUGGUUGAGUGGCCUAAACUUGACUGUAAUGUCUUGCACUCAAUAUGCUUGGGUAGAUCAAAAAGCUAUCAAACAUCCAACUAAGUUCAAGUUUCUCUCAAAAGUCCGUGAAACCAUCUGGGCUUGUGAGGAGAAUACAAGUGACGUCGUGAUGUUCACAUCAUCUCUACAUGAAGCAGGAAGACUACAGCUGCCUUCUUUGGGUUCACCACUGGUCAAACCACCGGAGAUCAUUGGCAAUGAGAUAUUACUAUUGGUUUGCCAACAUGAACUUAUUUUGCUGCAGCUAUCUCCUUCGAACUCGGUUGCUUUGAAAGGAAACAUGCGUUCUCAGAAUGCCAUAACAACUUCUGUGUUUGUGGCUGCCAAUUCCUAUAGGCAGAUUUGGACAGGGCAUGCUGAGGGAAGAAUAACCAUUCAUAAUUUGACUGCUGAUGAUGUAUUCUCUUUCUCUUCAUCUCUAUACUUGCGAGAAACCGAUGUCACUAUCAAAGAAAUGGUUUCUAGUAGAGAUGGAGCUUAUGUUUGGAUAUCUUUCGUGAAUGAUUCUCGUAUUUACUGUUUGGAUGUAGAAAGACGCCAAGUGAAUGCAUCUCUGGAUGUUAAAAAAGUUGUCCCGGGGAGUGAAACUAUUUUCUCUAUGGAUAUGGAAGUAUCGUCAUGCAACAAUGUAACUUGUAUGUCUCUUCUUGAACGUUCUGAGGGCUUACAACUUUACAUUGGAACUACUAAAGGACUAAUGAUUGUAGUUCAAGCUAUAAUGCUACAACCUAUAAGUGCCUGUCGUCCAUAUUCACAUGAAAUCAGUUCAAUAUGUGUAGUAGAAGGUCCCCGAGAUGAGGACUCUUCCAAUCGAGGAAGAGGGAGUUUAUCAACUGCUUCAUCAGAUGGAAGUCUUGGUUGGGUUCGGGAAAGAGUAAGUGAAACUAUAGAGAGGCUCAAGAUCACUUCGCCCGUUUGCACCGCGAGUGCGAACGCUUUAGUCGCUACCGUGGGAAAAGGUUUUAGAAGUUUAUCGCAUCGAUUCGUAUCUGAAAGGCCGUUAUCAGAUUUAUACAGUAUUGCUAUUUGGAGAACAGAUGACUGGGCCUAA